AUGGUCCCGACACCCAGAGAUCGGCCACCACAGCCGCCGGCCGCGGUUGCGGCCCCUGUCACGCCUGUCAAGGUGAAGGAGAAUGGAGGUGAUCCGGGCCGGGGGCACGUCGCCAAGCUCAAUGGAAUCUACAACCUGGGCGUGCCAUUUGCAGAGGGCUCUCCAGCAGACAAGGCGCGCAAGGGUCGAGUCGAUGCCCACUUUGGGCGCCACAGCAGAAUCACCGACUUGCUCCGCUUUCUUCACUACCGGGGGCCCGACCGGCUGCAGGCCGUGCUUGACGACUUUGACGCCAAGGUUUGCGAUCAGAAUGCCAACUGGGUCCGCAAGACACGAGUGACCCGCAGUGUUCUGCCAUCGUCAAAGAUGGAUAACGCACCUCGGGCCCAGGGCCUGGAGGACCAGAUCGCCAUGCAGGAGCUUCUGCUUUCGCUCCUUGAGGCUUCACGAGACGUUUUGCUCCAGCCGGUCACGAGUCCGACACGGAGACCACCUCCACCUGCCAUGGCUGUACUUGACGUCAAUGCGCCUGUCCAUGAUGCACAGCUGGCGGCUGACAUUGACCGGGUGCCUGUAGUCUCGCGCUUCGGACUGCCCGUUGUGCGGACCAGGCCGGAACCUGACGUUGUUGAAAGGCAAGACAUUGACGUAUUUGUUCCGGAAGACAACAGACCUCGGAGCUCUGGUGGAUCGUCAACAUCGUCUUCCAUGUACUCCGCUCUAGACUCCUUUGAGGGCCCCGUCGACGGGUAUUUUGAUAGCCAGACCACGGUUGGCGCAGAUGCAGAGCCUGACAAGGAUGAAGGCAACGAGACAGAAGUUUUUUCAGACGAGGAGUAUUCACCGGCGCCUCUACGCCGACCGCCAUCACAAGAGUCAUUUGCCGCCUCCGACGACGUACUCGAGGCCCUUGACGAGUCCUUUGGCCUCUAUGACAUAACGGAUGUCCAGAAGCCUAAUUCGCCGUCGAGUACGGCGUACUCAAGCAUCCCAGAGAUGGAGGAUCUGCAACUUUCCGAAGAAGAAUACAGCGAUGCGCCGGGAGAGCCGCAGCCAGGUCCGCCACAUCCUGUGCCAGGCUUAUGGGAUCGACUCAGUGGUGUCUUUCCCCCGACUCCGGAAUGGCUCAAGAAGGCGCCCUUCGCGAUAAUAUGGGAGACCACACGUAUCGCGUUACUCAGUGGCGUGAAGCUGAAAGAUAUCGACCUGAAGUACUCGCCCACGUGGGAGGACCAGGCAACAUUUCGCGAUGCCCUUCAGCAGCAUCCCAAGUUUGCCGGAAAGCGCUUCCCGGAACAGUCGACACAGGUAGCCUGGGACAGUGCUCUCAAUGAACACACUUCCUACGGUGGGACGAAGAGAGUCGUUGUGUAUACAAUCCUGAUGGGCUUCAACAAAAACACGUCUGGGCCACUGUAUUCCGUUCACCUGCAGCCUCUUUCCAUUGACCUUCCCCAUCGACUAAGCCGCCACUUUGGCUCCGAUCGCUACCUCGAGAUCUUGAUGCCUUCCCACCACUCGUCCCAACGGUUAGUGCCACAUAUCCUGCACAAACAAGAUGAGGCUGUUCGAGAGGUCAACCAUUGGAUUGCACGCCAGCGUCAUGAGUUUGCUGGGCGCACCUGGGCAGCCUUCUAUGUCACAAAGGACGGCUUCAAGAAGAUACCAGUCACAAGUCGUUCUAGGCCAGGCGAGGCCGAAGAAGUCAUUCUGCUCAACCGGGUGUACCUGUUUGCGGAAGACGGAGUCGGUCUCUCUCCGUCUUCACAACCGGCGGCGGCCGCCAGCAUGGGUGCCGGUGUGGGGGACGGGCCGGUGUCCGCCCCAGCUCAAGUUGCGUCUCCACUGCGCGUGCACCAAAUGUUGGACUGGCUCCUGCAAUGCAACAAGUACCCAGGCAACCGGAAGCAGCCGUACCUCAAGCUAUUCUCUCGCAUCGCACUUGGUCUCAGCCGGACCCGGGCCACCGUUGUGUUUGAGCCGAGUCAAAUCAUACAUCACGAAAAGGAUCUUCUGUCUCCAACAGGGGUAGUGAUGAAUGACGGUGUGGCCCGCAUGUCCUUGAGCGUGGCCCGCAAGCUACGCUCCGCGCUGGAACUCAGCGACCUGCCGGUGGCUGUCCAGGGGCGCAUAGGCAGCGCCAAAGGCAUGUGGAUCCUAGACACGGAGGACAUUGGCCGAGAGGACUGGAUCGAAACAUACCCUGCCCAACGCAAGUGGCAAUGCGAUGGCUUGGAUGCCGGCCACAGAACGCUGGAGAUUUGCACGUAUGCAUCGGAAGCGCGAUCCGCAAGCCUCAACCUGCAGUUCAUCUCCCUGCUGGAAGAUCGUGCCAUCGACAAGGCUCGCGUGCGCCGCGUUCUCGGUGGCAUCCUUGAGGGCGGCCUCACACGUGACCUAGCCGAGCAGCGUGAAGCCCUCGAGAGUCCGCUGCUCUUCGCCUCGUGGGCAUACGAAAAUGCUCAAUACCGAAAAGACCAUGUCGUCCACUGCCAGGUACCGUUUCUGGGCGGCCUUCCGGAUAGAGACGAGGACGCCAUUCAGUUCCUACUUGCAGGUGGUUUUGACCCGUUGUCCCAGAGGUUCCUGUGGGAGAUGGCGUACAAGAUGCAAAAACAGCGGUGUGAAAAGCUCAGCGAGAGGCUCAGCAUCCGAGUGGGCCGGACGGCCUACAUGCUCAUGGUGGUCGAUUUCAUGGGCGUAUUGGAGGAAGGAGAGGUGCAGGUCUGCUUCUCGUCCAAGUUCCAAGUCGAACCAGACUCGGAGCCAGACGAGCAUGGCGACGACGGCUCGUUCUCGGACACCCUGCUCGUUGGCACGGACGUGCUCGUGGCGCGGGUCCCUGCACACUUUACGAGUGACAUGCAAAAGGUGCGCGCCGUGUUCCGACAAGAGCUUUGCGCACUCAAGGACGUCAUCGUCUUCUCGAGCAAAGGCAACAGCCCGCUGGCGGACAAGCUGUCGGGAGGCGACUACGAUGGCGACCUGGCAUGGGUCUGCUGGGACCCGCGCAUCGUGAGCAACUUUGAGAACGCGCCCCUGCCGCCAAAGUACGACCUUGUGGAGAUGGGUUACAUGCGAAAGAUUCGCACAACGCUGGAUCAACUCACAGCCCCGGCCCCUGGGGCUGGCGGUGAUGCGGAUCUGCCGCCGCCGGUCAUGGCUGACAUGAUUGAGCGCAGCUUUGCAUUCAACACAAGGGAGAAUCUCCUCGGCAGGCUGACAGUGUACAAGGAAGGCCUGUGCUAUAUGCGCGGCAGCAUCGGCGACAAGACGGCCAAUCUGCUGAGCACGCUAUUGAGCGACCUCGUGGACCAGGCCAAACAGGGCAACGACUUUACCGACAAGGACCUUGACCGACUGCGCGUCGAGUUGCUGGAGGGGCUCCAGGAGGGCUCGCCAGCACCGAAGCGGCUGGACAAACCAGCGUACAAGUGCACAAGCCGCAGCGCGCGUGCAAAGAAGAUGGACCACAUUAUUGACUUUCUCAAAUUCGACGUGGCCGAGCCCAUUAUCCAGCGCGAACUGCGGGCGUUGAGCGACAUGCGCGAGGUUAUGUGCAAUCGUGACAAUGCCGCUGGCGAACGACACGACAACAGCUACUGGGAUGCGGACCUAGCAGAACCAGCCAAGGAUUUUGAGGCCCUCGCAGCGAAGUCGGCCGUGUGCAACGAAAUCUUCGAGACGCUCAAAAGCGACAUACUGGCUGUUCACGCGAGCUGGCAGGAAGAGAUCAAGGAAUGGGGGCAGGGUUCAGGCAACCGCGGCAACGCAUUCGACGACCCAGGUUACCGACAACGGUUCCUCCAGGUGUACCAGCAAUGGUGCGACAUCACGGUGCGCCUUCCGACGAUGUCGGCCAAUGCCUCAUCGACGGCCGUGGCGGGUUCGCCUGCUACCGGCUCACCCGCCUCCCGACUUCGAAAGAAGGCUCCUCUUCUCAAGGAACUGGACGCAGGCGCCGAGACAAUCCCGCAGAUUCUGCAGCAAGGUUACCUCGCCGAUCCUGAAUAUAGCCACUGGGCGUUGAUCCGAGCAAGCCAAGCGUUCCGCAUGCUCUACAGGCGAAGCAUCGUGUGGAAACUGGCCGGGCGGCAACUGCAAGUAAUCAAGGCGCUGAUGUCCGGUGGAGGCGGCGGGGGUGCGUCCAAGAAGAGCAACAUCGGCGGCGGCCUCUCUGGUGCACGGGUGUUGACGACGCCGAUGACAUUCGCGGCGAUGCGGCCGGACCGCAAAAUCAUCAAGCGCAUGGCGGCGCGGCUCCAAGGCGCUGAAGUGGAAGGCAUCGAUUAUGUCGACGACGACAACCAGUUUGGGGACGAUACGUGA